AAAUGGGCAUCAUAGGAGCCCAAACUACUUGAAGAUUUAGACUUAGGUGUUCCAAGAACAGUUAGAUAAGUUUGGAUUGCUUAAUUCAGGGAAAAAAAAAAGAGAGAGAGAAUAGAUAGAGACGAGCUUAACUAAACAGGUAACUAAAAACUCUUCAAGGACGAUUGGAUAUCAGCAGAACUCCAUUUAUCACUUCUUCUUUAAACCACCCGGAACCCAUCUUUUUCCGUCACUCUCCGGCGUGAAUAUUAGCAGAAGAAGGCUACUUCCAGUUCGUCUCCUACAUUGGUAAUGAAAUUUAGGCAGUGCGGAGCAAUUUUACUCUCUGAUGAACUGCCUGCCACACGUGCGUGCUAAUGGCACAGCUUUAUUUAGAAAGGCUGGUAAUUUCAUUGCAACAACUUCUUUGAACCAAUGCCAUGUUCCUUUAUGGAAAAGAAAUUUUGAGCACGCGGGUGUUAAGACUGUGGAUUUAGAGUUCUUGUUGACAAGAUUUCGCCCUCAGGGUUACUUUUCCCGGAAAAGUAAUAGUAGUAGUAGCACAAAAAAAGCAUCCAGGACUAAAAAAGUUCAUCCUGAACAACCACCGGUGAUGGAAAACGAGAAAGAUGCAUUCUUUGUAGUGAGAAAGGGAGAUGUUGUUGGUGUUUUCAAGAGCUUUGCUGAUUGUCAGGCCCAAGUUGGAUCCUCGAUAUGUGAUCCUCCGGUCAGUGUCUACAAAGGCUACUCUUUGACAAAGGAAACUGAAAUAUAUCUGUCUUCCUGUGGGCUUAAGAAUGCUUUCUACACUAUUAGAGCUGCAGAUGUGAAAGAAGAUCUUUUUGGAGCGCUCAUGCCCUGCCCUUUCCAGGAGCCAGCUUCUUCUAAAGGUGAAACAUCUCAUAAUGAUGCAACCAAAAAGAGACCACAGGAUAUGCUUCAGUCAGAGUAUGGGGGACUGGGAUCACUUGGUUCAAUAGCCGUAGCCGAUCCCGUGAGAAAGCAUUUCAAGUUGGAUCCACAUGCUGAGGCUCAAAUAACAUCCUCUGGUCAUCAAUCUUGUAUUCUUGAGUUUGAUGGUGCAUCAAAAGGAAAUCCUGGGCCUGCUGGUGCAGCAGCUGUAUUGAAAACUGAUGCUGGAAAUGUGAUCUGCAAAUUGCGCGAGGGUUUGGGCAUAGCAACCAAUAAUGCUGCUGAAUAUCGCGCCAUAAUUUUAGGGUUGAAACAUGCUCUUAGAAAAGGUUAUACAAACAUUCGUGUACGAGGUGACUCGAAGCUCGUUUGUAUGCAGCUGCAGGGUUUAUGGAAAGUCAAACAUGAGCACAUGUCUGAGUUGUAUGAGCAAGCAAUGAAACUGAAGGAUAAGUUUCUUUCAUUUCAGAUCAAUCACGUUUUAAGGGAACUGAAUGGCGAGGCUGAUGCUGAGGCCAACUUGGCUGUCAAACUUGCUGAAGGUCAAAUCCAGGAUAAACAAUUUAAAAUGAGAUUUGGUUGGGCCGGAGCUAACGAUGCCCAACCAACAUUUACAUGGUUCCCAUUAUAUCCGACGGCUAACACCGGCCUGCUUUCACAUGCCGACUUGGAAGCCAAGAAAGCAACCAUGUAUGCCUGCCCAACUGAAAUACGAGCCAUCUCAAUUACCAAAAACGUAAUCAAAUCAACUCCAAAUAGACUUCAUAAACGGGAAAUUAUGGCAAUGUUGAUGAAAAGAAUUGCAAACCUCACCAAAACCACAGCUAAACCCUCCCCUCCUUUCUCUUUAAAAUAUUUAUUAUUAUUUUCCCUUUCUUCUGCUUCAGAGAAAAUCCUCGCCGGCACUGCCACUGAUGUCGCCGUUAUUUCUGGAAAAAGCGAUCUGGUGUACUCAGACCCACCUGUAUCAGCCACCAUCAAGCCUCUUUUGCCCGAUCUCCUUCAACCACGUGUCGUCAUCUAUGAUGGGGUCUGCCAUCUUUGCCACGAAGGGGUUAAGUGGGUGAUUAAAGCGGACAAACACAGGAAGAUCAAGUUCUGCUGUGUGCAGUCAAAGGCUGCUGAACCAUACUUGAGAGUUUGCGGUGUUGAUCGAGAGGAUGUUCUUCGUCGUUUUGUGUUCAUUGAAGGCCUUGGUCUUUAUCAUCAAGGUUCCACAGCUGCAUUGAGAGUGCUAUCAUACUUGCCACUUCCCUACUCCGCUUUAAGUGCAUUCUUGAUAAUUCCAACUCCAUUGAGGGAUGCAGUUUAUGAUUUCAUUGCCAAGCGGCGUUAUGACUGGUUUGGGAAGAGUGAAGACUGCCUAGUUUUGCAAGAGAGCGAGCUCUUGGAGCGAUUUAUUGAUAGGGAAGAAAUGAUGGAUCGUAAUCGUAAUCGAUCAAAUUUGUAACUUGGAUUCUCUUAAAUACAAUUAGACAAGUUUAGUUUAUGGCAGAUGUCCAUUGUUAACUGUUUCUUAGUAGGAUGUAAAAUGUAUAGCAGUAAAUGUUUUCCACCUGGUUGCAAUAGAUUGCAAAGCUCUAUUUCUUAUUAAGUAAUCUAAAUACCUCCUGGUUAGUCAGGUAA